AUGCCUAUCAUUAAAAAGUCAUUUUUAAGAAAUGACGGGUGGUUGGGCGAACAGCCUCGGUGGUUGGGCGCCGCCCAACCUAGCCCACCCUUGGUUACGCCACUAGUUCAUUUAUUCUACUCUAUUCAUUCCGUCUUNCCUCCUCUUCCAACAAAACCACGUUCCCGAUCACUUCCACGUCAUCGAAUAACACAAACAUCAACACCAUUGAGUCUUUAUUCACAAACUUCAUUAAAUCAAUCUGUUCGACCAUCACAAAGACAAUCAAUUCGAAAACAACAUGUUUCUUGGUCACCUGUUCGACAACGAGAAACACCAAUUCCAACCAAAAGAAAAUCGAUCGAAACAUCUUCAUCAUCGGUCGUAUCAAUUCCAAUCCGUUUUCACAAAUCUCAAUCAACUCAAUUUCCGUCCCCACGUCCUUCAUUAAUCGAAUCUUGUCAACAUGCUUUGGUUCCACAUGAACCAACAUACGAAAUCAGUUACAAAAGAGAAGAAGAAGAAAAAUAUUUUCGAAAACGUUACUUUUACGAACCAGGAAAACAACACAAUGAAACGAUCGAACAAUACAAUCGUUUAUUAGAACGAAUGCGUGUUACAGACAGUGAACUUAAAUCUUUAUCUCGAUCAUUGACAAAAAAUAAUAAUAAAAUAUCAGAAAGAAGAUCCAUUGAAAAAAAUUGUGAAGAAUCCCGAAAAACAAAAGAAGAAUUUUUCAAUUUUGAAUUAUUUCAUUUGAAUAGAAUUUUAUUAAAGAUUUAUGAAGAAGAUUUUCUUGAAAUCAUAUCUACUUCUAUUCAUUUUUCUUAG